CGGGAGCACCGGCGCUUCUGUCCCGGAGCAGCGUCCGGGUUGAAAUUGCCGGGUGGGAGGGGAGCCUGCGAGCGAGCGGGAUCCCGAGCCGCGGAGCGCGCUGCCCACCGCUCCGCCCGCAGAUGACUCGGGAGCUCGAGCCCAAGCGCCGCCCAUGCAGCAUCCCUGCGCUCCACCGACCGAGAGUUGAUGAUAAAAUACUUAGCCGUCUCCGCUGCGGGGAGCCAUGAGCUGUCUGGAUGUUAUGUAUCAAGUUUAUGGUCCUCCCCAGCCUUACUUUGCAGCCGCCUACACCCCCUACCACCAGAAACUAGCCUAUUACUCCAAAAUGCAGGAAGCCCAAGAGUGCAACGCCAGCCCCAGCAACAGCAGCGGCAGCUCCUCCUUUUCCAGCCAAACUCCAGCCAGCAUAAAAGAGGAAGAAGGCAGCCCAGAGAAAGAGCGCCCACCAGAGGCAGAGUACAUCAACUCCCGCUGCGUCCUCUUCACCUAUUUCCAGGGAGACAUCAGCUCCGUGGUGGAUGAGCACUUCAGCAGAGCCCUGAGCCAGCCUAGCAGCUAUUCCCCAAGCUGUACAAGCAGCAAAGCACCCAGGAGCUCGGGGCCCUGGCGGGACGGCUCCUUCCCGAUGAGCCAGCGCAGCUUCCCCGCCUCCUUCUGGAACAGCACGUACCAGGCUCCGGUGCCCGCGCCGCUGGGCAGCCCGCUGGCCACCGCGCACUCGGAGUUGCCCUUCGCCGCCGCCGACCCCUACUCGCCUGCCGCGCUGCACGGCCACCUGCACCAGGGCGCGGCCGAGCCCUGGCACCACGCGCACCCGCACCACGCGCAUCCGCACCACCCCUACGCCCUGGGCGGCGCCCUCGGCGCCCAGGCCGCCGCCUACCCGCGGCCCGCCGCCGUGCACGAGGUCUACGCGCCGCACUUCGACCCGCGCUACGGGCCGCUGUCUCUGCAUAUAGCGCACUUGAUGGCACUCAGCUGA